UCCGUCUCUGUUUCUUUCUUGGUGAUGGCGCUUGGUAGGAAGCGGAAGAAGACGGAGAUACCCGGAGAAAGUAAUUCUGCUGCUCAGCCGGACUCGGAACAAGGUCUGGAAGCGGUGAACAACGAGCACAAGGAAAGGGAGGGUCGGAAGGGUCGGAAGAAGGGCAAAGUGGACGGAAACCGGGAUUCUCCGUCUCAAGCUUGGCUUCCUGUGAAAGAGAGACUCAGAAAUUUCGGCAAGAAGGUGAAUUAUGACGAAAGCAGGGGCCAAGGUGUUGAUCAGAAGCUUCUUGGAACUGGAAGGCCAAAACAUGCAAAGCGGGAUUCCAAGUGGAUUGAAGACAAGUCCUUAAUGUGCCAUCAGUGUCAGAGGAAUGAUAAGGGCCGGGUUGUUCGGUGCAAGCUUUGUAAGAGGAAACGAUUUUGUAUCCCCUGCUUGAAUAGAUGGUAUCCUAAUACAGUAGAGGAUGCAAUUGCUGAAGCUUGUCCAGUAUGUCGUGGAAUUUGCAAUUGCAAAGCUUGCUUGCGUUUGGAUGUACCUCUUAAUUCUAAAAUUAAAAAUUUGAAGAACAAAGAAUUAAAUUUCAGUAAAUAUGAGAAAAUCGAGUGUUAUAAGUAUGUGCUACAAACAAUUCUUCCAUUUUUGAGACGGAUUAAUGAUGAACAAAUGAUCGAGAAGGAAAUGGAGGCUAAAAUACAAAGGUUGGCACUGCCAGAGUUAAAGAUAAAACAGGCAGAUUGCCCUAUUGAUGAGCGUACAUACUGCAACAACUGCAAAACUUCUAUUUUUGAUUUCCACAGAAGCUGUCCUAGAUGUUCUUUUGAUCUCUGCCUUAUCUGUUGCCAAGAGAUUCGUGAUGGACACCUGCAGGGAGGUGAGGAGGAGGUGAUUAUGCAGUAUAUUGACCGGGGAUUUGACUAUUUGCAUGGUGGAGAGGAGAAAAAAGUGAAAAUAUCUACUGAGAGCCCUAAGGAUCAUGUGAAGCCAAAUGCUUUGUGGAAAGCGAAAGAAGAUGGUAGCAUUCCUUGUGCCCCAAAAGACAUGGGUGGUUGUGGUCAUUGUGUUCUAGAAUUAAAAUGUGUGUUCUCAGAAAACCUGGUUUCAGAGUUGGUGAGAAAAGCGGAAGAAAUAGCCAGAACUUACAAACUUAUGGAUAUGACUGCAAUUCCUUUACAACGGUGCUUGUGUUUCAACUCGGUGGGUGACGUUGACCUAAGCAAUGAUAAGUUAAGAAAAGCGGCUUCUCGAGAAGAUUCCGAUGAUAACUAUUUAUAUUGUCCGAGGGCACAAGAUAUACGCCAUGGGGAUUUGAAGCAUUUCCAGUGUCAUUGGAGCAGAGGUGAGCCUGUGAUCGUAAGUAAUGUGCUUGAAUCUGCAUCUGGUUUAAGCUGGGAACCAUUGGUUAUGUGGCGUGCAGUCCGUCAGUUGAAACAUAUCAAGCAUGGUAGAAAUUUGGAAGUUAAGGCCAUUGAUUGCUUGGAUUGGUGUGAGGGCCCUAUCAAUAUCCACCAGUUCUUUACUGGGUAUAAUGAUGUUGGAUGUGUUGGUGGAUGGCCCCAAAUACUGAAACUGAAGGAUUGGCCGCCAUCUAAUUUAUUUGAAGAACGUUUGCCUCGUCAUUGUACUGAGUUUAUCUGUUGCUUGCCAUUUAAGAAAUAUACCCAUCCACAGAAGGGUCCUCUAAACCUUGUUGUCAAAUUGCCUAAGAAAACUCUAAAGCCAGAUAUGGGUCCCAAGACCUAUAUUGCUUAUGGAGUUGCUCAGGAACUUGGCCGUGGAGACUCAGUCACUAAACUUCAUUGUGAUAUGUCUGAUGCGGUAAAUGUUUUGACACAUAUGGCUGAAGUUACCAUUAAAGAAGAGGAUCUUGCGGAAAUAGAGAAGAAUAAAAAGAAACACUUUGAGCAAGACCAAAGUGAACUCUAUGGAAAUAUUAAGGCUGGGGAUGAAAAAGUUGAGAAUAAUAUUUUUGAUAGUGAAUGUUGUAAAAUUACUUCUGAUGAUGACAAAUGUAGUGAAGUUGGUGAUCAAAACCAAGGUGUAACUGAAGAGCUUGCUGUUCCUAUUUUUCAACUUGUUGGUAGUACUGGUGAUACUGGAAUGAAUGAGAAAUAUUCAAGGGGAUCAGAGCUGGAAAAGACUGAGGCAGAAGUCGAUCAAAAUAACAAUGGUGGGAGUGGUGGUCCCGGACUUUCUAGAAAUAAGUUGGAUGGCUUAGAAGCUUCUGAGGGUGGUGGUGCCUUGUGGGACAUUUUUCGGAGACGAGAUGUUCCUAAGCUCCAGGAAUAUCUUAAAAAGCACUUCAGGGAAUUUAGGCACAUUCAUUGUUGUCCACUGCAGCAGGUUAUUCAUCCUAUACAUGAUCAGACCUUUUAUCUCACUUUGGAUCAUAAAAGGAAGCUCAAGGAAGAAUAUGGAAUUGAACCAUGGACAUUCGUCCAAAAACUUGGAGAUGCUGUCUUUAUUCCUGCCGGUUGUCCUCAUCAAGUAAGGAACUUAAAGUCAUGCAUAAAGGUUGCACUAGACUUUGUCUCACCUGAAAAUAUUGGUGAGUGCAUCCGUUUGACAGAGGAAUUCCGUACACUUCCUCAGAAUCAUAGGGCUAAAGAGGACAAGUUGGAGGUGAAGAAAAUCAUUGUUCAUGCCAUGAGCCACGUUGUGGACAAGUUGGAUCAGAAACCAAGUCUUUCAUUACGUAGCACGUGCAUUAUGAGCCUUUCCCACCCCGGGAGAGUUGAUGGGGACAUCAGACACAGGCCACCAAUCACACGCAUAUAUAGACGUCGACGUCAGAGGAGGAUGACCUAACCCAUGACCUUGUGGUUGGGUGAUUGGGUGCUGCAGAUAUCUUGUGUUUGUUCUGCAACAAGGUCUGAGACAGCUACUGUUUCCUCUUUAGAAGAUUCAAAGUAGGUUCAACUUCAUUGGUGAAGAUUUUUGCAACAGUUAAAAGGUUUAUUUCUGUUAUAUAAAUACAGCUUGGGUCAUGCAUACUUGCAUAAUAUAAGAUAUUUUUGCAUACAUCAAUUAGUCUGUUCCACAUUCCACGACUGGUGAUGAUGUUUAUUAUGCCUACAAACAAAAAAAGGUAAUGGCGAAUUUUGUUCAAGUAAUUCAUCCAUCAGUGGGGGAUUGUUCUCUGCCUUUGGAUUUCAUUUUUCUUUAUUUAUUUAUUUUUUUUGUCUCAACCUAUUUCAUAUGUUGCUAACAUGUGUUGGCUGACUAAGCUUUGUCAACCCCACUUAGACGGAGUCCGAUACCAGGCACUUUGACUACUUUGAAGAAAUCAGAGGAAAAUUAUUUCGAUUUUCCAAGGUAUAAAAGUUUAGUUUUAGAUGUAAUAUUAUAUCUAAUAAAAGCAUUCAUUCAGCAUCAGUUACAUUCGUAUUACUUUUACCACCAAAGACAUUUAAGGAACACGUUAACAGAAUGGGUCUUGAUUGUAACCCAUUGUGCCCAUACUGUUUAUGGAUUGCAUAAUGUUUGUUUAUGUUAUUAAAUAUUUUUGAGAUGUCA